GUUGCGCGUCGGGCUCUUAACGGAACGGUUCGAGAACUCCGGCAUGCGGUUCCACUACUCGAGAUCGGUGGAAUGCUAGUAGACAAGUGGACAAACACACACACAGACAGUCAGGUGUUUGGCGCCAAGUUGCCCCAGAGAGACAAAUUGUUUAUCUUGUGUCAAGUGGUGUAUGGCCACCCCAUUGGCCAACACCCACUUUAGCUUCAACUCCAGCAGUGAAAGUUUGUUGUCGCCAUACAGCCAUUCAGCUAUCCAAACAUCUAGCCACUCCGGUGGCGUUUUGUUCUGUGGCUGCCAGGCUAACCGAACUCAGUUGGAUCCUUUGCGGUUUCGGGCGCCCGAAAUCGGAUGACAUUAUCUGCCACGGGACGCGGUGCUACCUCGUGGAGUUCAGUGGCGUUCAGUGGCGCAGUGUGGAGUGAAGUGUGUGGUAUGGUGAAGCUCGAGUCGCGUAGAUUCGAAUGGAAUGGUGCCGAGUGACUCGGAAUUAAAAGCGAAGCACGGCGUCGCACCUUAGGCAUGCAUCUUUAAUCAGGCCCCAAUGAAUUUCCGCGCGAAAUGUUUACGGCCUAUGAAUAAGCAAUGAAAUAAGCGCUCACGGGCAUUUGUCAUUUGGCAAAGUGAAAAUUGAAGUGACUGUGAAAAUUGAGACAAAUGUGCGCGUCCGCAACCGAAUAUUAAAGCAAGGACCAUCAAGCCAAUCCCGGCUAUUCCGGCAAUUCCGGCUAUUCCGCCAAUCCGGGCAUAAUUUCUUCUUAACUAGCCACCGCAAGGAAAGCAACAAAGGAUGGAAACUAAAGCUGGCUUAAGUGCGCUGGAGGAAAGGUCCCUGAAAGGUUCAGAGAAACUUAAAAUGCUGGACAUAACACGCGACAAGCCGGUGAAGGUGGCCGUCAAAGUGGCCGUUCCUGUGCGGGAUCACCCAAAGUUCAAUUUCGUGGGCAAGCUGCUCGGACCCAAGGGCAACUCGAUGAAGCGCCUGCAGGAGGACACCAUGUGCAAGAUGGCCGUACUGGGACGCGGAUCGAUGCGGGACCGGCGGAAGGAGGAGGAGCUGCGUGGCAGCGGGGACAGUCGCUACGCCCACCUCUUCGAGGACCUGCACGUCGAGAUCUCGACCUUCGCCGCUCCGGCGGAGGCACAUGCCCGGAUAGCCUAUGCGCUGGCGGAAGUGCGCCGCUUUCUGGUUCCGGACUACCACGAUGACAUCCGCCAGGAGCAGAUGUGGGAGAUGCAGGCGCUGACGUCCACGCCCGCACUGGGCGCCCACUCGCUGGAGGACUCGCAUAGUCCCACCAUCAACAGCGGCAGCCAGGUGGGCGGUGCCACCAACUGCUCCUCGAACGGGGCCAGUGGGCGUGGCCUGGGCGGCGGACUGGCCGACAUGGACACGUCCAACGAUGACAAAUCGGACGACGCCAGCGGCAUGGAGUGCCUGUCGGCAGUCGACAAGCUUGACUGCUCGUCCAGCUGCGCCAGUCUGGGCAUCAGUGGCAUCACGACCAUCAGCACCACCAGCUCCGAGCAUCCGCAUCCGCACCAGCACCACCAGCAGCACCAACAGCACCACGCCCACCUGCACCCAGCACACGCCCACGGAAACCAGCAGCAACAGCAACAGCAACAGCAGCAGCAGCAGCAGGUCCAGCACCACCACAGCCACCAGGCGCACUUCCAUCAGCUCCUGCAGCAGGCCCACGGUGGAGCCAGUGCCGCAGCGGCUGCCUGCGGGGAGCAUCUCUCCGGACAGGCGACUCCGGCGACGGCGGCGGCACUGCACACCACGGCCAUGGCAGUGGCACUCCAGCAUCAGCUGACAGCCGCAGGAAUCGGAGGACUCCUAAAGCCGGCCACCGGAGUGGGGGCCACAAUGGCCGGGCUGCCCACCACCCAGGCGGGUGCCGCCGCCCUUCAGUUGCCCGGCGACGGGGAGUCAUCCGGAUCGACGCUCACGCUGCUGGAGCCACCGGGCACCGCACUCCUGCAUCCCGCUCUGCGCAACGUCAAGACCAUCAACAUAGGUGGCGGCCUGGGAAGGAAGCGUCCUCUGCUGGGUGUUCCCCGCUCCGGAAUGAAUCCCACCAAGCGCACGGUGAUGAGCCUGCUGGCCAGGGCCAAGAACUCGCAGGCGCUGCACUCGGUCCGCCAGCCGAUGGUGACGGCCACCAGUUUCGCUGAGUGAGUUGCCCGCACGGAAACGAGCCACCCCACACCCUUGCAGAUGCUGGCCUCGCCGUUCAUCAUACCGCACCGGGCGGUGGAGCAGCCAAUCCUGGCGCUGUCCAAGGAGAGCCUCGCCCAGGGCGUCUAACCCAGUGAGCUGCUCCACCUGCGGCUGCCCAGAUAGACCAAUCUGACCGAAUACCACCUGCCCCCCCUUCGCCUCACCCAUUGGGAGGAUCAGCGAGAGUCUCGAGGAGCGAAUAUUUAGCGAAUAUUUCUAGGCGAUGUUUGCGUAGUUGAUGCGUACUCGCACUUCUACACCCUCCCCCCAACUCCCCCCAGUAGUAAGGCUAUAUAGUAUAUAUCGUUACCGAUACCGAUCUUUAGGGACUAACUGUGAACUUAACCCGAGCGAAUCUCGAGCUCGUGCUACACGAUUUUAUUUUUUACAGAGAAUAAACGGAGCGUCUAUUUGCAA